AUCGCGAUACCUCGCCCUCCCUCAGUUGUGCUGGGAAAGUCAUUGCACGCUGGGGUCUGCUGGCCAAUGAACGGAUCGACUGGGCACCUCGGUCUUCGAUUGCCUUCUGCUAUGCACGUCACACAUAUCAGCAUUGAUCACAUCCCGCUGGAUUUGACUGAAGACAUCCAAGCGGCACCUCGAGAUCUCGUCUUGUGGGGAUUGUCGGAGGACCUGGUUCCGCUUGCAAGCAUUAGCUACGACAUUUAUGCUCCGGCUUACCGGCAGUUAUUCGAAACUGAUGUACGCUUCCAGGCAUUGUCAUUCGACAUGCUCGUCUUGGAGGUCUUAAGUAAUUGGGGAGCAUCGGAGUUUACUUGUUUGUAUAGUGUUCGCCUGCAAGGG